AUGUCCUCUGCCAACAAUAUUGCCGCCGCUAACAAGGCCUUCAGCGACGCUGCCAACAAGAUCGACCACCUGCUGGGGCAAGCUUCUCAAUUAGAUGCCGCGGAUGCGCGCCACUUGACCAUAGCCAUGGAGAUGGGCAAGGUUUUGACCCAGGUUAUGAUGUCCCAUGGCGGGAGUGCAACCGUCCUCUCGCCGCUGAUAUUGUCGGCUGCUGCAGAACUGCAGCAGCAUAUGAACAUAUCUAGGACCGGUCUUACUGGCACGCCCGUAUGGGCCAAUAUACGAGGUGAUGAUGUUCGCAUCCAAACUCACCCUCUGUUCCCCUCCACCAGAAAUUACCGGCGCAGCCCGCCGCCUUCGCCGCCUAGCCAGGGCCCUUCUAAGCCCAGAAAGCGCCCUGUGGUGGAGGAGCCCGAAGAAUGUGGGCGAGGUACUGAGCAUGGGAAACGCGCCCAUGCUCCGAGCACCAGAAGCUGGAGCCGCCCGGCGAUGUCUAAACGACAGCGCCAAAAGUCUAGGGCGGUUGCCAGCAGCAAUGACGAGCUGGAUGAAGAGAUACCAGCUACACCAGCCAUUCCAGUAAGUCAAUGUCUUAUCCUCGCAACUCACAGCUAA